GCUGCCUGCACUGAGAGCCCGGCCGGCUACAGACUGUGUCACACACAGCACAGGAAAUCCUGAACGACUGCCAGCUUGCAGAAACAUCAGCGAUUCUUUGGCAGAUCCCCCCUUGCAAGCCAACGUGAGUGUGCCUGAUGAGAAAGGCACUAGGACCUGGCAGGCAUGGGAAGGCUUGAGAGAGAAAUCCCUUCAGUGCGGGCGCAGAGAAGAGAGGAUCGAAGUCAGUCACCUGCUGGUGAAGGACAGUAAAGCAGUGGAGGGAACCAGAAAGAGAAAGCUCAUCCUGCUCCGACAGCUGCCCCUUCUAUCUUCAGCUUCUCCCAACUCUCGCAACGUAACCUUCACAGGAACCCCUCUUCCCCCGAGACUCCUCAGCUCAUUUGCUACUGCUGGAAGCGACACGACGCCAGACGCAUGUGAUCGCAGGCAGUACUUAGCAAGGUCUGUUGGUGGAAUUAAUCAGUACUGUCUUAUGCAUUCUGGGUGCUAAUUUAACUAGGAGAGGAUCAAGAAUCGCUUCUUAGCCGGUGCCCGAUCUCCAGUUUGUGAACAUUUUCCUGAAUUUGCUGCAUGAUGCUGCCCAGGGAAACAGUGCUUUUCCAUAGGAUGCAGUGAUUUGCCAGUUUGUAGCUUCUCACGGAAAGGGUACAGAUAGUGAUAGCCUGCAGCCUAUUGCUACUCGGAGGUGAAAAGACAAGGGACCUGGGUGAAAUGGAUCACCUGUAGAUUGGACCCUAGUGGAGCACUUUAACUGAUUUUUCUUGCAUAUAUAUUUAUAUAUAUUCUCCCGACCCACGUUGGAUCAUGAGCCUGGAAGGGACUGCUGGGGUCUGAGAACUCUGACAGCCAAGAAUCUACAAACUGCCAACUUCCUCCGCUUUUCCCAGGGUGGGCACCAAGGAUGGAUUGUAAAGAAGAAUUUGUCAGGAUCACGGAGUCCCGCUAGACCGAAAACGCUGUUUGGGUGACAAACACAGAUGUGCUCAGUGGUCUGAGAAAAAGAGUUGCCCCUUGAUUGGACCAACUCAGCAAGAAAGAAUGCAGUGGCUUUGUUUCACAAAAUGACACGAGAACAGUACAUAUUGGCCACACAACAAAAUAAUCUUCGAACUGAAAAUGCUCAAUUUUAUCCAGUGGGGAUUUACGGAUGGCGAAAGAGGUGCUUGUACUUCUUUGUCCUCCUGCUGUUGGUUACUAUGAUUGUUAACUUAGCCAUGACGAUAUGGAUUUUGAAGGUUAUGAAUUUCACAGUGGAUGGCAUGGGAAAUUUGAGAAUAACCAAAAAAGGAGUACGACUGGAAGGUGUAUCUGAAUUCCUUCUUCCGUUGUACGUAAAAGAAAUCCACUCUCGAAAGGACAGCCCAGUGGUGUUCCAGUCUGACAGAAAUAUUACAUUGAAUGCAAGAAAUGAGAAUGGGCAGUUAACAGGUCAGAUGACAGUAGGAGCAGAUGCUGUGGAAGCCCAGUGCAAAAGAUUUGAAGUUAAGUCACAUGAAGACGAGAGGAUUUUAUUUAUGGCGGAUGAGGAGGAAAUUGUUAUAGGGGCCGACAGGCUCAGAGUAACAGGAACAGAAGGAUCAAUUUUUGAGCACUCUGUGGAAACACCACAUAUAAGAGCAGGACCCUCACAGGACCUCAGACUUGAAUCUCCAACAAGAUCUUUAACAAUGGAAGCACCAAAGGGAGUGCACAUUAGUGCGGUUGCAGGGGAAUUUAAGGCCAGCUGUAGAAAAGAAUUGCAGUUACAGUCCACAGAUGGGGAGAUAUUUUUAAAUGCAGACAAUAUCAGACUAGGAAAUCUACCACAUGGUUCAUAUUCAUCAUCAACACCUAAUGCAGUGGGCCCUCGGCAAACUGUCUAUGAACUGUGCAUAUGUCCGAAUGGGAAACUGUACCUUUCUCCAGCUGGAGCUAGCUCCACGUGUCAAUUAAAUAGCAAUAUUUGCCUGUGGAGCUGAAGGAACUUCGUGUUUUCUCAUACCAGAAUAGCCUUUUGCUACUGACUCUGAUUCCCAGUUUGCUUGGUUUCCCUUGUGAUAUGGCAGAAGCUUAUGAUGGCCUACAGGGCCUCUUCAAACCUGCCGUCAGUUGUGGAUUUACAAGAAACAAGCACGGAGGUGGAUACAAAGCAAUGAAUCAAUUGAGCGUUCACUGGAAAACCUGGAUAACAAAGUCUAGUUUUUUGCUGGAGAAUUACACAGGUGCCUUUGCUAAAGGAAGUGAAGCACAGAGAUCUAAAUAUUGCAGAAACCUAAACAAAGACAACAUUCAGUACCUAUAUAGAACACAAUCAACUUCACUGGAAAAUCACUGGGGAAAAAAAACAAUAAAAUAACUAUGUAAAAAAGAAGUUUUAAAGCACAAUUUUCCAUUCAGUAUUUUGGGUGUAUACUUUUAUCCCUCGAUGAAAUUAAAAAGAAAAAAAAAAAAACAUAAUAAUAAAUAAAAUAAUAAGUAUUAUGUGAUAUUGCCUUUACUAAACAAUUAAAUCCAAAAAAUGUUUUUAAAAA